GCUAACAUACAUUUUAGAAAAUUAGGGGAUUCUACGUUGACAAUUAAAUAUUAAUAAAUGUAAUGAUGGAUGGAUAACCUUUUUCAUAAACAUGGCAAAAUAAUUCAAUUGAUGGAUUAGUCAUUUAGACUUUUGCUAUAAUUAAAAAACAUUUAUCCCUAUUUUUGUUAUGUUAUCUUAACUUAACUUCCUUGCUAGUCUACCUCCUUAAAGUUUUUCUUUCUCUCUAUCUUUCUCUUUCACACACACACAUUGUUUGCACAGUUUAUUACCUUGGGAACACGAAAGUAUUGCCAGUUAAUGCAAAGGUAUUCGAUUUAUUUAUUUAUUUAAGCCUAGGAAAACACAUUGAGGAAUAAGACCCUCAUUUACAAUGGUAAUAUUGCAAGGGAACACAAACAUUGCACAUACAAACCAUCACCUUAACCCUUAGGGAACUACGUAACGUAUUGUAGUCUGCUUGCUGUAAUGGUCUCCAAACCCACGUUUUCAUUUGGGAGGAUCUCCAAUUUCCCACAGUAGGCUCUGCAGACCUAAGCACGUCAUUUUCUAUUUAGAUACAGGCGUUCAGAGUCUGAGGGUAGGGUAUGUGUGGUCAUUUCAGUGAAGCAGACCAUCAAGAUAAGGACGCAGUGUGAUCAUCUGAAUUGGAUUAAAAAGGGGAGAGUACACUCCACCUGGUCCUCUCUGCAGCAGCACUCCGUUUAAGUCAGAUGUUUCUGACACAAGCUGCAAGAAAGCGGCGUCUUGAAGCUUCAGUGCGCUUCGGCUUUUUUUAGAUUUCUACUUUCGACUUUUACUCAUUUGACACAGUUGACAGCCUUUGGGAAUUGGCUUUGCGAACUUCAUCGCUGCCUUUGGAUAUUGUAUGAACAUUUGAAUACACAAGGCUGUAGUAGUUAUUUCUAAUGGAUAUCUACUCAUCAAAAUUGUCAUAUCCAUUGGAUAUCGGAGUUGGCGCUUAUCUACUCAUCCUUGCCGUUCUGUCCAUCUCGGGGAACCUCCUGGUCCUCAUCAUGGCGGUCAAGCGCGCCUCACACAUGAAGCCAGCGGAACUCCUGAGUGUCAGCCUGGCCAUAACGGACCUGGGCGCCGCUGUCUCCAUGUACCCGCUGGCGGCCGCCUCGGCCUGGAACCACCACUGGAUCGGCGGCGACGUCACGUGCCGCUACUAUGCCUUCAUGGGCUUCUUCUUUGGCGUGGCCAGCCUGGCAACGCUUACCGUCAUGGCUGUCAUCCGCUUCAUCGUGUCCACCAAUCUACAGUCUCCCAAGGAGAGGGUGAGCAAGCGGAACGUGAAAGCUGCUGGUGGUGGGCACGUGGCUCUACGCCUGCUGUGGGCCACCUUCCCGUUCGCUGGCUGGGGGCAAGUAGGCCGCGAGCCCUUCGGCCUGUCCUGCACGCUGGCCUGGGGCCGACAUGCGGAACGUCCCCCACGGUGUCGUCCUUCGUGGUCCAGCAUGUUCUCUCAUGAACCUGGCCAUCCGGCCAUCAUCAUCAUCUCCUGCUACGCAGGCAUCGUGCUCCGCCUGCGCAUGACCUUCAAGUCCGUCAAAAACUGCAACCACAUCCCCAACACUCUCAAGAUGCAGAGGAGACUCAUAUUGUUGAGAAAAGGCUCUGCGAUCGCCUUCAUCAUCAGCAUGGGCUUCCUAGGUAGCUGGACACCCUACGGCUUGGUGAGCAUGUGGUCAGUGUACCAGGACAGCGCCUCCAUCCCACCACUGGUGAGCAUGCUGCCCUGCCUGUUCGCCAAGACCUCCACUGUCUACAACCCCCUCAUCUACUACGCCUUCAGCAAGACCUUCAAGGCGCAGGUGAGGCAGAUGUGCUGCCUGUGUGGGCGGCCCACCGCCUGCCAUCCCACCAAGGGCGACAAGGUCACCAACACCAUUUACACGGUGCGUGAGUUACGGAAGCCCUCAGAGCCCCAGCCACAGCCCCGCCUGGAGCCCAGCAUGGAGGAACAGGUGGAGGAACGGCUGCCCCUGGAGUACAAAUAGCGUUUUGGGGAUAGUGGUGUUAGGGCCAGCCACCCGGAGGCGAGAGCAAGACAGAAGCCUAGGGCUGGAUUAGCAGAACAGGAGAGGGGGCAAAAAAUAAAUGUGUAUUGACAUGGAAAGCUUUUCAAAUGAUCUCCACAGGGGAGUUUCUUUUCUUUCUCUCAGUCCUGUGAAAAGCUGUGAAAAAUGGUGUAUGAAGUAUGAAGUGUAUGAAGGACAUCUGGAUCAUUUCUGUUUGUGUGUUUUUUCCAUUAAUGAGGCCUGCAGCUUUACAAAGGCAGGUGUCCUAGACAUGAGGGCAGUUACAUCCUAACAGAGGCUUCCUUUGAAUGUGAGGGGUAAUCAAUGACCUUUGGGUCAGUAAUUGACAGCAAGGUUGCUGUUGUGUGACACUGCAUGCAUCCAAAGACUUUUGGGAAGUUAGUGAAGAAUAUGGUUUCCAUAGUUUCAUGGGUGACAUUGUAAGGUCCAGUUUACACAGAUAGAGUCUUUUUCCCCAAAGAAUAAGUGCCUAAGUUGAGUGCAGACAGCCUCCUGAUGUUGGGCAGAAUCUAUCUGGAGAGAAUUGCCAGCCCAGGAGGUCGAAGCAAGGAGAGAGAGUAGGAGAACAGGGAAAGCACAAGAGGAAAAAAGAGAGAGACUUUUAGGGAAUGGAGGGAAAAUGGGCAGGACAAUCAAUCCUACCAUAGAAAAUGUAGCUACUUUUUGUUUUUGCUUCACAACUUCUCUUCAUCAAAGAAUCACAAUAUGACAAUAUUAUUUUUUAUUUAUUUAUUAGAUGACUUUAUAAACAGGGUGGUACUUUGUUUUGAUGCAACGUUAUGUAAUGGUAAAAAAAAGUGUUUCAAAAUACAAAUACUUGACAAUGUCACUAAAUCUAAACUACAUCUUGUGAUGCUGACCAUAACCUAACCUUAACCAUACAUCCCUCAAAGACCCUUUGAUUUGGAUUUAUAAUUAUUCAUUUUCAUUCAUUCAUUUUGUAAACACAAAGACCCUUUGUUUUGAAUUCAUAAUUAUGGUCAGAGUCAAGAGAUGGUUUGUUGAUUAAAAUUAAGUCUUAACAAAUACAUCCUAACUGGAUCGGUUGUGGCCCAGAUGGUUGCUGACUCUGGGACACAUCCAGCCCUGAUUUGGCGCUAAUCCCCUGGAUUGUAGAUUAUUGCUCGCAAGCUUUUGUUAUAUUUUGGUGAGUAUUGCUCUGUGUGACAGUAUGAGUCAUAUGAAUAAACCUGGGUAAAACUUUAUUUAAACCCUGCUUCAUAACACUGACAGCCAUGUCAUAAAGUUGCCAGACGCCCUGUCCUGUCAUCAUGACAGGUGAUGUCCAAUGACUUGACUGUGUCGGGUUACUGAUUAUCGAUAACUGUUAUGACAGCUCUCAAGAUUUGAGAUGUAAUAACAGCUCAUGUCAUAUGCCACUAAGCUGUCAUAACAUUAUACUGUCAUGAAAUGUACUGAAUAUAUGGUGACAUGACACUGUUCCGUCCCUGAACACUUACUAUUAUAAUUACUUGUGACAGCAUAAGACAUGUGCUAUGACAUGGUUAUGUCAGUCUUGUAAAGCAGGGUUCAAGCAAAGUGUUACCCAAAUCACAUUAGCAGCGUCUCAUAAAUCAAGAGGAUAGAUGAGACUAGGAGCAUGUCUUGCUCUCUCACAUUUGAGGAAACAAGCAUGGCGAAACUGAAUGUUCAAUAUAACACUGAGUUCUCCAACCAUCAAAUCUUGCCGCAGUCUGUUUAUGUCAAAUGCAGUUUAUUUCUUUAAACUGAGGUGUACUUUGUGCCCUCAAAGCAAAGCCAUAAAAUUGGUAGUUCAAUUUCGAAGGAGUAUUUUAUCUAUACUCACCGCAGUCAACGUCAUCUGUCAUUGUUGGUGAAACAUGAGUUUUGUUUUACAAAAUUUGUUUCCUUUACGUUACAAAUUCAGAUGGAUUGCACAACUACUUCAUGAUACAGCUACCUCUUGGCUGUAAAUUAUUUAUUUUUUUAAAUAAAAAAAAUAAUCCAUCUGACCCACUCAUAACUCAUGUUUCAUGGAAAUUAAUUAUUUAACCUCAGAUCACUAUUAUAUUCAUGUACUGAUCCCCAAUAUUUGGAUUGCCGUCUCAUUGGGUUUGGUG